AUGAGGUCACUAAAAAAAUGUAUUUAAAAAGGAACUCUAAGUGAGCUUAUUGAAAAGAGUCCUAACAAAAAACUAAAUGAAUUAUCUGCAAUCAAGUAUGCUAAAGAUAUUGCGGAAGGUCUUUUGCACAUUCAUUCCUAGAAGUGUAUUUCCAACGAUCUUAAAAUGGAUAAUAUACUCAUUGACUAUAAUGGAAAUGCUGUAGUUUCUGAUUUAGGAUUGGCAGAUAGCCUAACAAAAACAUCUGGAUACGGAAUGAACCAAUAUUUAGGUAACUGGCUAUUCUAAGCUCCAGAAUGUUAUGAUCCAAAUAAAUUUCAAGAUUAUGCAGAUGAAUACUAAAAACUAGGAUUAAACAUAAGCACAAAGCCAACUAUUAAGAGUGAAUGUUUCUCAUUAGAUAUACUUAGAUUUUUGAUAAAAAAGUUAUCUAAUUUACCUUAUGGUUUAAGACUUCAAAAGCACUUUAAUGUUCAAGAAGCAUUUGCCAUUGAAUUACAGCAAUGA